AUGGCUUCGCCGCCCGUCUCACCAGCCUCGUCCGGGUCCCCACCGGGGUCCCCACCCCUCAGAAUUGCUUACCUCCACGCUGAUAUUCUCAGCGCGCCUCCCCGAUCAGUAAUUGCCCAUGCGUGCAAUUGCUACGGCUCUUGGGGUGGUGGUGUCGCUGCUCUAUUCAAGCGCCGUUUCCCUGCCGCUUACACUGCCUACGCAAACCAUUGUCGUGCUGCAGCCGCAGACCCAUCAUCUCUCUUGGGAACCUGCUUUCUGAUUCACAACAAGGCCACAGAUCCUGGUGGUGACUACUGGAUCGCGUGUCUCUUCACUGCAUUGUUUCCUGGAACUCCUGCAUCAGAUGGCUCUGGCUCAGUGGAAGAGUCUAUUCUCAAAGAGACGCGUGCAGCCAUAAAAGAUUUAUUGCGACAACUGCAUACCCAUGAGUAUAUAUCCACAUUACUUCCUGGUGAUGAGUAUGUGCCGGUUGUUCACAUGCCCCAAAUCAAUGCAGGUAUAUUUAACGUCCCCUGGCCUCUUACCGAAGCCGUCUUAAAAUCAUUCCCUUAUAGAUUCAACGUGUAUGUCUAUCCCUGA